AGGGCCUUCGUCUUCAUAGCAGCAUCGCACCACCACCCAAUCUCCGAUCUCGCACCGCCAAGUGUCUCCGACCAUCUUCUCCAACCAUUCUUUCCUGUCGCACUACACCGAUAACAAAACCCCCAUCAUGAUAUGCUACUGUUUGUAUUUUUGUCAAUCGAGAUCAAAUCAUUCAUGUCACAGGUGCUCAUGCUUCACGUUCGUAUGAUAAAACCCUAAUCGUAAAAACCAUGAUUCUCAAGGUCGAGAGCAACGACGCCAUCAAGAAUGUCAAAUACAUGAUCCAGGUUUCAAUUGUGAUUUCCUCCUCCAUACUCGAUCCCUACUUCUACUCUCUACGCAUCUCAGAGUCGUGCACACCACAAUCACAUCCAUCAUCUAAAGAUUUGGUUCUUUUUUAUAAAGAUCCUCAGGGUUCGAUUCAAGGUCCUUUUAUUGGUAUUGAUAUUAUUGGAUUGUUUGAGGCUGGAUAUUUUGGGAUUGAUUUGCAAGUGCAUCUUGCAAAUGCACCAAAUGACUCACCUUUUGCUUCACUUGGUGAUGUCAUGCCUCACCUUCGUGCAAAAGCCAGACCUCCACCUGGAUUUACUGCUGCAAAAAGUGAAAUCAAUGAUAAAUCCAAUAUUCUUAAUCCUAAUGCUAUGAUGAAAAAUGAUCCAAGGUUUCAACAUGGGUCAACCAUAGAAGCUGAGAAUAGGUUAAUUGAGUCUCUCAGGUCUAGUAGUGGUGGCUCACUGGAGAAGUUUGGGCUUUCUGAAGUUUUAACUCAAAAUCCUCCAAAUCCAGAGUUCAUGUCUAUUCUUCAAGGCAUAUCUGAAAGGUCAAACUCUGCUGCAAACAGUGGGGUUUUGGCUAAAAUAGAUCCCGGUUCUAAUCUUUAUGCUGAUUUCCGAAAAAGCCCCUUGACCAAUGCAGUCAAAGUGUUUGACGUUCCAUGCAUAUGUAAAGUGAAGAGAUAUAGGCUACAAAAAGUAUCAUCAUCCCAUGCCCAUGGUAGACCUGAUUCCAAAAGCCCUUUGCAGCAAUCUGAUUCCGAUGAAUGA